AUGUGUCACGAAAAUUUCGUUUUAGAUUUUGGACCAAGAUUGAACUUCAUUAUUGGUCAUAAUGGUAGUGGUAAAAGUGCUAUUUUAACAGGUAUUUCAAUCUGUCUUGGUGCCAAAGCAUCUGAAACAAAUAGAGGGUCUAAUUUGAAAGAUUUGAUCAAAGAAGGAGCCAACACAGCUCAUAUACAAGUUGUGCUAUCAAACGAAGGUAGCGACGCCUAUGAUCCAGGUAUUUAUGGGUCAGAGAUCAUUAUUGAAAGAAUAUUGAGACGCGACGCUACAACUUCACCAUACACAUUAAAAUCUGAAAAUGGUAAAAAAGUUUCUCAAAAGAAAGCUGAUUUGGAUGCAAUCUUAGAUUAUCACAAUAUUGCUGUUAACAAUCCAAUGGCAUUUUUAUCGCAGGAUGCUGCUAGAUCAUUUUUGACUGCAAGUACAGAUGAUCAAAAAUAUAAAUUCUUCAUGAGAGGUACACUAAUGGAUGAAAUCCAUAAAAACUUGAAACAGUCUCAGGACCAAGUUCAAAGUAUGGCGGUCAAAAUCAUCAGAAUGAAGGAAAGUCUAAUUAACCUAAAAGAUGAUGCCCGUGAAGCCAAAAAGUUGCAUGAUAGAUUGUUGUCUUCAAGAGGCUUACGUGAUAGACAAAGAGUUUUACAUGGUAAAUAUUUCUGGAUGAUGGCGAAACAGGCCGAAGAAGUUGUUGCAGAAGUUCGUGAAAGUCAAGCUGAAAUUGAAUCCACUAUCGAGCAAUUGGAUAGAUAUAUCAAAGAUUAUGAAUCUAAAGUUCAAAAUGCCGAUGUUAGUAAAGAAGACCUCCAGUUCAAGAAAGAACAAAUCAUGGAAAAAAGACAGAUGAUAAUGACCGUCUUGACAGAAAAAAGGGGGAUAAUGGAUGGUGUUGGUAGGAAAAUCGAGAAAAUUCAAUACCAAUUCUCAGACAAUCAAAAAAACAUUAAACUUCAUGAUGAUGCAAUUGCUCAGCUUGAUCGUGAUAUCGCAAUUGAGGAAGAUAAAAUCAAGCAAAAGAAUGGUGGUUCAUUAGAAGCGUUGCAAAAUCAACAUGAUAAUCUUGAAGCUAAAUUAGAACAACUAAAGGUAGAGAAGAAACAAGUGGAUGACGAAUUAUCGGAAUCCACAUCAGGUUCGAACAAAGAGCAAUAUACUGAGCUUGAUCAUCAAAUACAAGAGAAGAAAGAAUCCAUUAUCAGAAUCAAACAACAUAUCGGCAGACUUGAGAGUUCAAAAGUUGAUGAAUUUGAUGCUUAUCAUUUCAGUAUCAAAGCUGUUGUUAAUGAUAUAAAAAAAGCCAGAUUCCAAAGCCCUGUGAUUGGCCCUAUAGGGACAUUGAUACAAAUUAAACCAGGGUGCGAAAAAUGGGCUCAAUUAGUUGAAUCACACAUUGCAUCUAAUUUGACCACAUUUUUAGUUGAAAAUUUCAAUGAUCAUAAACAACUUCAACAAAUUCUAAGAAGGCACAAUGCUAGGUCAAACAUUGUUAUUAGAAAGGCAGAAGCGUUCAAUUAUGAAUCAGGUCUGCCACCUCAAGGCUACACCACUGUUUUAGAUCUUUUACAUUUUAAAGAUGAAAGAGUGAAAUAUGCAUUAAUUGAUAUGGUCCAUGUUGAAAGUGUGGUAGUUGCUAAUAGCAGACAAGAAGCUCAGCAACUCCUUGAAAAUAGAGUCAGAAAUGUCAAAAUGUCUCUUUCCAUUACAGACAGAGGUUCUGGUCAAAGGUCUUCUAUUAAUGCUUUAGGUGGUUUUAGAGUUGAUCCUGUUUACUUUGACAACAAUAUUCCAAAAUUGAAACCAAAAGAUAGAUCCAAUGAAGCUGGAGUUUUCAAAAGAAGAUAUCAAGAUGAAAAUGCUGAAUUGAACGAAUUAGAAACUCAAAAAUCCAACCUUAAAGCUGAUCUUCAAAACCAACAAAAUUAUUUAAGAACUAAAAAAAGAAAUCUUGACAAUGAAAUGAAAAAAAUUACUUCUCAAAAAUAUCAAAUUACCACUAAACUUAAUGAUUCUGCACAGAAUGGUAGACUUGAAGCAUUCAUGGAUGAUAAACAACAUACUAUUCGUGAACGUGAUCUUGCUAAAAUUGCCAUGAACGAUUUGAGAGCUGAAAUUGAGAAUCUUGAAGCUGAAUUGCGUGGAAAACAGGAAGAUUAUCAACAAACAAAGCAAGAGACGAGAGAGAUCACUAAGGAAGAACAUGAAAUCAAGGAAAAGAUUCAAGGAUUCGAGUCUGAAAAGCAACUAAAUAUUACCAAAAUACAACAUUUUGAGAAAAGUAAACAAAAAAGACUUCAAGAAGCUCAAGAUAUGACUGAGAACUUACCUGCUUGGGAGAAGAGUAUUGAAGAAAAUGAACUUCAAGCUGAAGAGUCAUGUACCAAAGAAGAAGCGGAUUCAAUACAUCUACAUGAUAUUGAAGCUGUUCAGUACGAAAUUCAAAAAGUGGCAGACCAGGUUAAAAGAGCCAAUGAAGAUUUGGGUAAAUCACCUGAAGAAAUUAUUAAUGAAGACGAAGCUGCAAGAAGGAAGUUUUAUGAAGCAAAAACACAAUUUGAUAAAGCUGUUAAAGGUAGAUUACUAUACGAAGCUUCAUUACAUGAUAGAUUGGUUGCUUUUAGGGAAUCAAGAGCUGCGACAUUUUUUGAAGCUGAUUUGGACUUUAAAACUUCUUUGGCUUUCAGAAACUUCAGCGGUAAUUUAGAUUUUGAUUAUGACAAGAAAAAACUUACAAUGUAUGUUAGUACUAAGAAUGAUAAAAAACCAAGACAUGUUGAUUCAUUAUCUGGGGGUGAAAAGUCAUUUUCUCAAAUUUCUUUGUUAUUAGCUACUUGGAAACCUAUGCGUUCUCGUAUAAAAGGUCUAGAUGAAUUUGAUGUUUUCAUGGAUCAAGUUAACAGAAAGAUUGGUAUGAGAUUAAUGCUUGAUAAAUUAUCUAAAGAGAAUUCUCAAACUAUAUUUAUUACACCACAAGAUAUCGGUCAAAUUGCCGAAUUAGACGAAAAGUAUGUUCGUAUUCAUAGAAUCAAGGACCCAAGGGCUUCUAGAAGCUAA